AUGAAUAGUAACCAUGUUUCAAGUGGUUUGAAUCAAUGGUACGACCAAGAGCAGGAACAUGACGAUGAAGACGGCAAUAGACUUUUACGCAGACCUCGUGCAGACACGAUGCCAACGCAAUCCACAUCGCACCUCAUGAUUGAUCCAAAUAGACAUCAUCAUUGGAUAAACGAAUCUAUUCAGAGUCCAACCACACCAACAACAGAUCAGCUACUCAAGGGCGAUGACAACAACACGAUUGCAAGCACAUUUGCUUCGCUGGGUCUGGAUGACACUGCACCAUCGUCCUCGGCAUCUCAUGCUAUUCACUCUAGCCAUUCGUACUCUUCUCUCCAGACGCUGGCAGAGAACCACGAAUGGUACAAUACGCAUUAUUUCAGGGGCGAGGACCUUCGUACCUCGGUUGCCAAUCUGCGAUUCUCUCAUCAGCAGCAGCAGCAGCAGCAGCAGCAGAACCGACCCCGUGCUAUGAGCGCUGUGGACCAACAACAGCAGCAACUACUACUACAUCAGCAGCAGGAAGAGAACAGCCCCCUUUUGCCUCAUCGAUCCAUUUGGUAUUCGGAUAUCAACAAGCAGCAACAACAGCAGCAAUUCAACAAUCGUCCAUUUCUGAGAAGCUCCAACAGUUCAGCUGAUUUACUAGAGAUGAUUGCUCGACAAAGAAAAGCGACAGCAACGGCUACAAACUCACCUAGCGGCUCACACUCCAUCCUAUUGAAUGAAGAUCUGGACACGCAUCAUCAUAGCUGGACAGGGGACUCAUUGACCGCUGGCGGAAGCCUCUCAUCAUCUUAUGAGCAGCUAUCCAACAGCAGUAUGAAUUUAACAGACAUGAUGAUGAUGGACCCCUCUGCUUGCCUUUUUGAUGCACCCGCAAACCAAGUGCCCACUCGAUCUCUGUGGCUGGGCCAGCUUGAAUUGACGCACCAAACGACAAAUGAACUGCAAAUGAUCUUCUCUAAAUUUGGCAUCAUUGAAAGCAUCCGUAUUUUGCCUGAUCGUGAAUGCGCCUUUAUCAACUUCACCACCGUGGAAGAAGCACUUAGAGCGAGAGAUGCUGUUGUCAACAAGAUGGGAAGCAGACUUUAUGCUCAUUCCAUGUCAACGGUCAAAGUUGGAUUUGGCAAACCGGACGCUGUACCACUCAACUCUGGCACAUCUUCACCGACAGCCACACCGACAGCGGCCAUCAACAGCCUUGCUAUGACAGCAGCAGCAACAGCAGCAGCAGCUAAUGAAAGCGCACAAGAGCCUACCAGAGCACUCUGGGUGGGUAACAUUCCAAUUCAUACGACACAGGCUGCCUUGGGCUCUGUAUUUUCUCCAUUUGGCAUGAUUGAAUCUAUCCGUGUUCUCAGUCAUAAGAACUGUGGCUUUAUCAAUUUCUUUCAUCAGGAGGACGCCAUCAAGGCAAAGAAGGCGCUGCAAAACAAGGAAAUCAUGGGUCCAGGCACUGGCACUGCUCGCAUUGGGUACGCAAAAGUGCCUGCAAUGAAAUCGCAACACAACGGCAACAACACAACGACGACAACGACGACGACGACGACGACGACAUCGAUGGGUGGUGUUGGUGGCCUUGUGGGUUCGCAUUGCGAUGUUGCUACUGGCUUCCAAUCAAGCUCAUCAGCAAUAACAACAACAACGAUGGUGGAUGUCACACAACAUCAUCAACAACAACAAAUGUUGGGAAAUUAUAAUGACAAACACAGUCAAUGGCAUCAAACACCUCAGGAACAGCAGCAAAUGAUGCUUUAUAUGAUGGAAAUGAUGGGCAAUGCAAGUAACAACUCUAGUGCAAAUGUCUUUUCGGCAGUUGUCGCUGAGCGCAAGUUGAUCAUGCAAGACUUUGGUGAAGAUGAUUCGGAUGGUCCGAUCUUUGACGGACUUCAUUUACCUCAAAAUUACUACCACAGCAUCCCGGCUGCUCCAGAACUAGGCCAGUCAAGAAAAGUCGAUAUUUCACGCCUUCGAGACAUCCGAAAGAGACUAGACACGGGCCAUAUAUCCACCAAGGAACUGGAAGUCAUUGCUAUUGAAUGCGUAGAUGAGUUGGUCGAAUUAUGCAGUGAUUAUAUUGGCAACACGGUGAUCCAGAGGCUAUUUGAACGAUGCUCUGAAAUCACGAAAUCCAUCAUGCUGGAAACUGUAGCACCGUUUCUAGCCUCGAUUGGUGUCCACAAAAACGGAACAUGGGCCGCUCAAAAGAUUAUUGACACCAGCAGACUACCAGCACAGAUUUCCCUCAUAUGUGGCCACAUUAAACCUUAUGUUCCUGCCCUAUUAUUAGAUCAGUUUGGGAAUUAUGUUGUUCAGUGCUGUUUGGGUCUGGGGCCUAAUCUCAAUCAAUUUAUAUUUGAUGCCAUUGUUGAUUCGUGUUGGAAGAUUGCACAAGGCAGAUUUGGUGCACGAGCAGUUAGGGCAACAUUGGAAAGUCCACAUGUGACAAAAAGACAACAGAAAUAUGUAGCUGCCUCGCUUGUGCAACAUGCCUUGCUGUUAGCCACGAAUGCAAAUGGAGCACUUUUGUUGAUUUGGCUGCUGGAUACAUCAGGCAUACCAGGCCGCUAUCGAGUUCUAGCCCCACGCUUAUUGCCUCACCUCUCCAAGCUCUGCACUCACAAAUUGGCGUCUUUGACUGUCCUCAAGCUCAUCAAUCAAAGGCAGGAGCCAGAAGCACGCGUGCUCAUUUUGGACGCCCUGUUCUUUAGCACCACUGCUUACAACAACAACAGUAACACCAGUAGCAACAGCAGCAGUAACAGCAGCAUGCAUAAUGAAGUGCCCCCCUUGAUCGACCAAGUGCUUCAUGACCAAGUGCACGGUGUAAGUCUUGUUCAAAAGAUCCUUUCCAGCUCCUAUAUUGAGCUAAGAGAGAGACAACGCAUUGCCGAACGGGUGAAACACAUACUAUGCAAAUUGAAACUGCAACAUGUUCAAGGCUACAAGCGUCUGAUGGAGGAGAUCAAUAUGGUUAUGAUGGAUUCCACUCCCGGCGCAAGCUUGGGCGUGGCAUUACCUGGGCAAUUCUCUAUCAACCCUAGCCUGGCUGCUGUUCUACAGGCUAAAUACAGGAUCAAUGAUGAAGAUGGCGUCAAUAACGAGGAUCAAACAGCGGCCAUGAUGGCCAACUUUUAUGCUGCAGCAGCGGCAGCAGCAGCCGCAACCACAGGUGGCGCUAGUCAUAGCCAUACUGCCCAUUCAACCAUUCAUUUUGGAGAUUCCGAGGAAACUACUCGACAAUAA